GGCGUUACAGUCACCGGGGCAACGGCCAAUGGGAUCGGUUGACGAGGCUGGGAAGCUGGUGUUUAUUGGCUGCUGGUUUUGAUAGCCUCGCCUUCGUUCGACCCGCAGCGAGAAGGUCUUUGACUGGAAAGCACGGAUUCUCUCAGUGUCUCGAUGUCUCGCGGGCGUCUGUCUCCUCAGGGGACGAUCCUCCUGCUCUGUGACCUGCAGGAGAAAUUCCGUCCACAUAUUGUCCACUUUGGGGACAUUGUGUCCAAUGCAGCCAGACUCCUACAGGCCUCUCGUAUUCUAGGGGUCCCUGCUAUUGUCUCAGAGCAGUACCCCAGGGGCCUGGGCCCCACGGUUCCUGAGUUGGGGGCGCAGGGGGUCCCCACUUUCUCCAAGACGUCGUUCUCAAUGCUGACCCCCGAGAUCGAGGCUGCGCUGGGAGGAGGUGGAGCCGGGGGCGGAGCUAGGUCUGUGCUGCUCUGCGGGAUCGAGGCUCAAGCCUGCAUCACGUGCACAGCGCUGGAUCUGCUGGACAGGGGGCUGGAAGUGCACCUCAUAGCCGACGCUGUGUCUUCAAGGAGUCAGACGGAGCGGCUCCUCUCUCUCUCUCGUCUCAGACAGAGCGGGGUGUUUCUCAACACAGUCGAAGGGGUCAUUCUGCAGCUGGUGCAAGACGCAGCGCACCCCAAAUUCAAACAGCUGCAGAAGCUCCUGACUCACCCCUCUCCAGACACCGGCCUGCUCACCCUAUUCUAGAGCCUCCACCCCCCGUACCCCUGCACCCCUCCCCCUCCCCUGUACCCCUGCACUCCCCCUCCCCUGUACCCAUGCACUCCCCCGUACCCCUCCCCCUACCCCGAACCCUGCACCCUCCCUCCCUGACUGUAAACACACCUCUGAAACAUGUAACAGAACUAAAAGAA